GACACCUCGAACCAGCAUCAAGACCGCUCACGCCUCCACCGCUAGACCGCUGCUGCAGCUCGACCGGCCAUGGUAUAGUUGCUAUCCUACCAUUCCUUUUACCCUGCGCCAUGUGGCGCGACCGGACAAAUCUCUAUAUUUCCUACCGGCAGUCGUACUCACACCACCCUGCGAAGAGAACUCGCUAUGGAGGCCGCGCUUCCAAUGGCUUCGGCGACAGCGGGAGCGUCUCUGAGGAGCGGUUGGGUCUCAUGUCCGGCGGAGGAUUCGAGGAUGACGGCGAUGCGGUGAUAGAGAUGGACCUACUACCGCCACGGUGGCUUGAUAUCCAGGACGAAGUCACCGAGUACCUCGCCGAAAUCGCAAAGCAGACACGCAAACUCGAGCAGCUGCACCAGAAGCAUGUACUUCCAGGGUUCGACGACGAAGACGUCAAGAAGCGUGAGGAGCGCGAGAUUGAGCAAUUGACGCAGACCAUCACUCGCGGGUUCCAGAAGUGUCAGAAGGCAAUCAAGAGGAUCGAGGCCAUGGUGCGGGAGGCAAAGCAGCAGGGUAGCAUCAAUCAAGGCGAGGAGAUAAUGGCGCGCAAUCUCAAGAUAUCGUUGGCAACGCGGGUGGGCGACGUCAGCGCCAUGUUCCGCAAGAAGCAGGCGGCAUACCUAAAGAAACUACGUGAUCUUGGAGGCUUCACAUCACCCUUCCGCUCUGCCACACCCGUCCAGAAUCCCUACAACGACCCGGCUCUGCAGGAGUCUGAUGCCGACCGAUCAUUCUCACAAUCCACACUCCUCCAAACCAAACAACAGCGCCUCCGCCAUGACCCCAACGAGGCCAUGAUUGCACAGCGCGAACGCGAAAUCGAGGACAUUGCCCAAGGCAUCAUCGAGCUAGCGAACAUCUUCCAGGAGCUGCAAACCAUGGUUAUCGAUCAAGGAAGCAUGCUCGACCGAAUUGACUACAAUGUGGAACGCAUGGCAACGGAUGUAAAGGAGGCUGACAAAGAGCUCAAAGUAGCAUCUGGUUAUCAACGUCGAAGUAUCAAGCGGAAGAUCAUGCUCCUGCUUGCGAUAUUGAUCGCCGGCGUCUUCAUCCUGUUGUCCCUGAAACUGAGUCGCAAGGGAACCAGCACCCCUGCCCCUGCCCCAGUCACGCCUCCUCGUGAUGCUCUGAUGGAGGCUUCUUUCCUGACUACAAGACGGCCGCGUACAACUGCAGGCUCGGUAACGAUGCCAUCAAGACGGGAUUGGCAUAGGCGGAAGAGACGGCUAUGGCAGGAAGCUGGUGGAGAUCCCUCGUUUGGUGAACCACCAGCUGUAUUUGUAUAGUAUUUUUCGACAGAGCGCGUGAGCGAAUCAUGACUCUAAUGAAACGUAGAGACAUUAUUCACAUGUAGACAGUUGCUGGUUUUGUUGGAAAGCCGUUUUACCGCUGUGUGCUAUGUAAUUCUAUCUGGAUUGUUUCCCAAUCACGAUGUCAGCUUGUGCCAUUUCGGAUAAGUUUUAUCCUUGCAAUACGAUAGCUUCAGGAAGGAGGAAUAGUGCUUGACAAAA